UGUGGAUCAGCUGAGGCAGAGUGUAUAUAAAGGCUGAGCCCUUCAACUUAGCUGCUGCUGCUGCUCGAGCAUCAUUUACGUUUCCACGUUUGAACACUUGAAGUGAAAAAGUCAUCACAAGACUACAGCCAACAUGGAUAUAACUAUCACUAUGCUGGGUGAGUCCCACACUCUGACCGUGAACCCAGAGGACACAGUUGGCUCUCUGAAAAUAAAAAUCCAGGAGAAACUGGGAGUCAACCACCAGAGGCAGAGGCUGGUUUUCAUAAACGGCCAGAGGACCCCUCUCAACGACGACUCUAAACCCAUCAGCUACUACAGCUUACAGCACGGCUCCCAGGUGUCCCUGCUGGUCACCGAGCCUCCUCUGCCUGCUCCCAUCCAGGUCUUCCUCAAAAAUGAAAAGGGACAGCUGAACACCUACGACAUCCAACCCGGCGAGACUGUGAGCAACUUCAAGAACAGAGUCGAGAGUAGAGAGGGGGUGCCAGCGAGCCAGCAGAGGCUCAUUCAUGAAAGCCGGGAGAUGCAGGGUGGCAAACUGGAGGACUACAACGUCAGAAACCACAGCACCAUCUACAUGACUUUACGUCUGAGAGGAGGCUGAGGACACUUGAACAUGAUUCAUACACCAGAAAAAAA